CAUGCUAUUGCUGAACUGCAGCUGUAAAUUCAUUAAUCAACAGAAGAAGCAGACGACAAGGAUGACUCAAUCAGUUACUAUGACAACGAUGAGUAGUGUGGAGUCCACAACCAUUAAUUCCACUGAGAGUCCGUUCCUGGACUCUCAGUUUCGUUAUGUGUUCAUCCCGGUUUUCUACAUCAUCUUCUUCAUCCUGGGCUUCAUCUCUAACCUCUACGUGCUGUUUGUCCUGCGCUGCCUUCGUCAAUUCAAGGCCAUGGGAGAAAUUCACAUUUAUAUGACCAACUUGACCAUUGCUGAUCUUCUGUUUGUGUGUGCUCUUCCCUUUUGGAUUGACUAUUAUAUCCAUGAGGGAGACUGGGUUUAUGGAGACGUCAUGUGCCGGGUGACAGGCACCUUCUUUUUCAUCAACACCUACGGCACCAUCCUCUUCCUUUCAGCCAUCAGCAUCAACAGAUGCUGGGCGGUGACUCGGCCUCUAGACGCAGCCUCGUCAAACCGCAGAAUUCGUGGAAUCAUUGUUUGUAUUUGUAUCUGGGUGUUUGUUCUGACGAUUUCUGUUCCUUUUCUGGUGAGUCCAGGGAUCAACGUGCACCGUAAAAACAACACUGACAUACGUCGCUGUUUUGAGGGAUACCAGGGUGGAACUAAUGACAAGAAGAAAAAAGUGGCUGUCACUCAUUUUCUAAUAAUUGGAUUGUUUUUUGUUGUCUUUUUACUCAUUGUGAUAUGCAAUGUCCUUAUUGCUCGAAUUUUAGUUUGUAAAAAUUCUCCUCAGUCAGAAAGUCAGUCUUCAGGAACACAGUCUAAAAAGCUCACUGUGACAUCCAUAUUUAAAUGGCCCACAGGGGUGAAACGGAGGGCUCUCCAGAUGUUGCUGGCAGUGGUGGGAGUGUUUGUUCUGUGUUUCCUGCCACACCACAUAGUUCAAGGCCCCUGGGCUCUGGCAGUGCUGGAGAUCGAAGACGGCUUCGGCCACGUGAAGUACAGCGAGACCACUCGUCAGUUGCUGAGCGACGCUCAUCAGAUCACCCUGGUUCUUAUGGGCCUCAACUGCAUUUUGGAUCCUGUAGUUUAUUAUUUUGCCACAGGGAAGUUUAGAGGACUCAUCAAGGCCCACAUUACAAAAUUAAUCACAUUCACCCAAACUCGGAGCUACCACUUAAACCAGCCUGCAUCACCUGUUUGCACUCUGGUAGCAAAUCAGAGGCCUCAUAGGAAACCCACAACGGCUGGGGUGGAGGACCAAAGUCAACAUGGUAGGAGGAACUCAUUGGUUAUUUUAUAAAGUAUUUUCAAAAAUCUCACUGAUCCAGGAUUUUGAACCAAACCACAUCUCAGAUAAGAUUCUCUCCAUUUCAUGACAGAGAUGAAAUGGAGAGCAUGUCCACAUUAAAGGUUGGAGAGGCUUGUUAGCCUUAUUCUAGGAAUUAUACUCUGGAAUCAGGGAGAGGAGGAUAUAUGGUGUUGUGUGCUUGUACACGUGGAGUUAACCAUUUACCACAGAGGGAGGCUGGUGCUGCUUAAAUCUACAGUGAGUCAGAGCGGUGGUUCACGCAGUUCACAAUCCACUGUAUAGAGCCUUCUUGAAAGACUCCCCUACUGUGCUUUUAUUAGUCUCUGCCUCCAUCAUGUGGUUUAAAUGCAGUAUUGCUCACUUAUCUCAGUGGCUGUAAAGAAAGCAGUGUGAUCUUCAAACUGCACUAACAUCCCGUAAAGAUGUGGGAUCAUUCUGAGAGUCAACAUCCAAAGUUUUGAAGAAACAUGGAAACUAUUCCUGAAGAUUACUUAAAGAGUAUUUAAGGUGUAUUAAAGAAUAAUUGUGGUAUUGUAAAAUAUUAACUUUUGCUGUUGUUAGAAUUAUGGACACUCGUGUUUUGCCUUUUAUACUGUAUUUUCAUGCAUAUUUGCACAUACUUCAAUUAACCUCUGCCCUUGUCCAUCUUCUUUUUCAAAAUAUAAGGAAACAAGCUGUAGCUCAAGACUUUUUCACAGUGUUGUACAUAUUGACCUAUACCU